UGACCCAAAUUGCAGAAAUUUUGUUUCAAGUUUAUUAAUCUUGAAACUGCCCUUCUGGUAACCCAGUUCCGCAAAACGAGAGGGAAAACUAAGAUCGCGCACCAAAAAGACGGGAAACAUGUGAUAGGCGUGCGCCACCCCCAGCCAAUUCCGCCCCUGCCCCCGAUACACCAGGCUCACUCCCCUUCACUACGUCUGCUCCAUCUCCGAACUCCCCUGAAAGGCAGACAAAUUGUUGCCAGUGUUGCCUUUGGCAGUGUAGCGCGAUGGUGGUGAGGUGUUUUUGUUGCUAUCCUGCGUGAAUUAUGUGGCAGUAUAGACGAUCUGUAGUUGACACAACAUUUUUUUAGUCCUCUUAGCGUUCUGGAGGUGAAUUGGUACAAUCUAGUUGUUGCAGGCAGUCACCUCUGCUGUGUGUGUUGUGAAUUGCCAUUGCUGCACCACCGUGCUUGCGCCGGCGUAUAUCCAUCCUCGUCGAUUGCUCGCCGUCGUCGCGCUGCUCGCUGUUCGGUGCGUCUCUGUGUGUGUGUCCACGAGCGCGCUCACCGGCGAGGCGAUGGAGUCGUUGCAUGCGCACGUGACCGCUACCGAGACGGACAUGCUGGCCAGCGUUGUGGCUCCGGCUCCUCUCACCCCGCCUCCACUAUCAGCUCCCACAGCCGCGAAGUGGCAGCUGCCGGCACCGUUGCUCCGUUGCGGAUAUCUCAAUCGCUAUCGUCCAUGGGCAAGGGUGUGGGAGCGAACAUGGCACCGCCGCUACUUUGUGGUGGCGGGCGACCUGUUGAUGGCGUGGGAGUCGGAGCGGGACACGGAGCAUCGCCCCGAGGAGGCCGUGCUGCUGCACUCGUGCGUAGUGGCGCUCGAGGGCGCCAAGCCCGAUGGCUUCAGCGCCACCAAUUUCUUCAUCUUCCGCCUUGAGGACUCUCAGGGCAACAUGCUGCUCCGAUUGAGCUCCAGAGACGAAGCAGAGGUUCACAACUGGAUGCUUGCUUUGCAGUCUGCAGGGUGCUGUGCGCCCACGUCGUCGUGCACCGCGCCGCACCCGCAUCACCACCACGCCACAGCCGUUACAAAGGGAAUGGCGGGGCAGUUGAGGGCAGAGGAGGUGGGGGAGGCGUCAGAGGCGUCGGGGGGCGAGGUGACGAGCAGCAGCACGUCCGUUGAGCGCGCUGACAGCUUUGCUGCUUCGCUGCGCCGCGGCCUGCUGCACGGCGCUCCGCAUGGCAGGGAGGGCGCAUGGUCCGCGGGGGUGGGCGAGGUUUGGUUGCAGCAGGGGGCGGUGGGCGGCGGCAGCCACAGUGAAGGGGAGGGUGUGCGCAGGAGGAAGGGCAGGGACGAGGGGGAGAGCAGGAGCUCGUGCGGGCAUGAGCAUGAGCAUGGGCGUGGGGGGGUAGGGGAGGAGGGUGAGCGGCGAGUAAGAAAAGCUGGAGAGCGAAGGGGGGUGCCAUGGGUGUGCGCACCGGCGCACAAGCACGUGAGGGAGAGUCCUCUGAGCUCUGUGGCCAUCUUCCAGCAGAGCCACGCGGGUCUGUUCAACCUGUGCAUCGUGCUGCUGGUGGCGGUGAACAGCCGCCUCAUCAUCGAGAACCUCAUGAAGUACGGCAUCCUGGCUCGCUCCAGCUUCUGGCUCUCCAGCAGCUCGCUGCGCGAGUGGCCUCUGCUCAUGUGCGGGCUGAGUCUGGCAGCGUUUCCCCUGGUGGCGCUGUGCAUUGAGAAGCUGCGCGCACACGGCUACAUCACUGAACAGGUCACGGUGUUUCUGCACAUUGUCAACAUUGCAGGAGAGUUCUUCUACCCAGCUAUUGUCAUAAACAGGGUGCAUUCUCAGCCCUUAGGUGGCUUCUUGCUGAUAUUCGUGGCGGUGACGGUGUUCAUGAAGCUCAUCUCGUACGCGCACACACUGCAUGACGUGCGCAAGAAGCUGUCCGAAGGCCAUCACCUGCUGCAUGCAGCAGGGGCGCCAGUGGUGCAGUAUCCUUUCAACCUCACAGUGGGCAACCUCUGCUACUUCAUGGCGGCGCCCACCCUCUGCUACCAGCUGGGGUAUCCUCGAGCGCCGCAUGUGCGCAAGGGCUGGCUGCUGCAGCAGGUGCUGAAGCUGCUGGCGUUCACAGGCCUUGUGCUCUUCAUCAUUGAGCAGUACAUCAACCCCAUAAUCAAGAACAGCCAGCACCCCCUCAAGGGCCACUCCCUGUACAGCAUAGAACGCGUGCUGAAGCUCUCCAUCCCCACUCUCUACGUGUGGCUCGGCAUAUUCUUCUGCUUCUUCCACCUCUGGCUGAAUAUCCUGGGCGAGUUGCUGUGCUUUGGGGACAGGGAGUUCUACCGCGACUGGUGGAACGCCAGGACCAUUGAGGAGUACUGGAAGCUGUGGAACAUGCCUGUGCACCGCUGGAUGGUGCGCCACAUCUACUUCCCCUGCCUCUCCAUUGGCCUCACCAAGCCGCUGGCAGUGUUUGUGGUGUUCUUCCUCUCGGCUGUCUUCCACGAGGUGCUCAUUGGGAUCCCCUGCCACAUGUUCCGCCUCUGGGCGUUCCUUGGCAUGAUCUUUCAGAUACCACUGGUCUGGAUCACCAACUACCUCUACCAGAAGUUUCAAAAUCCAAUGGUGGGCAACAUGCUCUUCUGGUUUUUCUUCUGCAUUGUGGGCCAGCCUGCUUGCGUGCUGCUCUACUACCACGAUGUGCAAGUCAAUUCACAGCAGCAGCUGCACCAAGCCCUCACAUCCACUCACUAGCUUGCUAAUCUCGUGCUCCUGUGGCUUAAGGAUGGUUGCUGCACACCCAUAAGCACCCUCAUUUCUCAGCCCAAGAGUUUUGCGGAGGGUGGCAUACAAUGAACAAGACUGGUUUAUCGUGUUGGCUAUGACUGGUGCCAUAAAUUCGUGUAUAUAUGUCAUUUUUGUACAUACCGUAUUAGCCCGGAUAGAAGAGUCAUGGGUCUU